CAUAGUAACCCCACAUGGAAACCAUUCUUCCUGUGUUUUGAGUUUCGGCGGCGGCGCGUAAAGAAGCUAACAGAAGCAAAAGUGACUAAUUUGUCGCUUUUAAAUCGCGUUACUGUUUCGCGGCAUAGCUACUUAAGCCACCAUGAAGAUCGAGGAGGUGAAGAGCACCACAAAAACUCAACGGAUCGCCUCGCACAGUCACGUUAAAGGAUUGGGCUUGGACGAGGCCGGUAACGCCAAACAGACAGCGUGCGGCUUGGUCGGCCAGGAAGCCGCCAGAGAGGCAUGUGGCAUCAUUGUGGAGCUCAUCCGCUCCAAGAAGAUGGCAGGAAGGGCAGUUUUACUGGCCGGGCCUCCCGGGACUGGAAAGACAGCUCUCGCCUUAGCCAUAGCACAGGAGCUGGGCAACAAGGUGCCUUUCUGCCCCAUGGUGGGGAGUGAGGUCUACUCGUCAGAGAUUAAAAAGACAGAAGUACUGAUGGAGAACUUCAGGAGGGCCAUCGGGCUGCGCAUCAAAGAGACGAAGGAGGUGUACGAGGGCGAGGUGACGGAGCUGACCCCCUGUGAGACGGAGAACCCGAUGGGGGGAUAUGGAAAGACUAUAAGCCACGUCAUCAUUGGUCUGAGGACAGGGAAAGGCACUAAGCAGCUCAAGUUGGAUCCCAGCAUUUAUGAGAGUCUUCAGAAGGAACGUGUGGAGGUGGGAGACGUCAUCUACAUUGAAGCCAACAGUGGAGCUGUCAAGAGACAAGGUCGCUGUGACACCUUCGCCACGGAGUUUGACCUUGAGGCUGAGGAAUACGUGCCGCUGCCGAAGGGAGACGUGCACAAAAAGAAGGAGAUCGUCCAAGAUGUCACACUGCACGAUCUCGACGUGGCGAAUGCCAGACCGCAGGGAGGCCAGGACAUUCUCUCCAUGAUGGGACAGCUGAUGAAGCCCAAAAAGACGGAAAUCACAGAUAAGCUUCGAGCGGAGAUCAACAAGGUGGUCAACCGCUACAUCGACCAGGGUGUCGCCGAGCUUGUGCCCGGUGUGCUUUUUGUGGACGAGGUCCACAUGCUGGACAUCGAGUGCUUCACGUAUCUCCAUCGGGCACUGGAGAGCACUAUCGCCCCCAUUGUUGUGUUCGCCUCCAACAGGGGAAACUGCCUCAUCAGGGGGACCGAGGACAUCAGCUCACCCCACGGGAUUCCGCUGGACCUGCUGGACAGAGUGAUGAUCAUCCGCACCAUGCUGUACACGCCGCAGGAGAUGAAGCAGAUCAUUAAGAUCCGUGCUCAGACUGAGGGGCUCAGUAUCAGCGAGGAAGCACUCGCGCAUCUUGCGGAUAUCGGCGCCAAGACCACUCUCAGGUACGCCGUUCAGCUCCUGACGCCGGCCAGCCUGCUUGGUCGCGUUCAAGGCAAAGAGACAGUCGAGCGGGAGCAGGUGGAGGAGAUCAACGAGCUUUUUUACGACGCAAAGUCCUCGGCCAAAAUUCUACAGGAUCAGCAUCACAAAUUUAUGAAAUGAAGCGUCACAGCUGGCAGGCGGUACUUUA